AUGCUCUCCCGCUGCCUGGCCUGACAGGCCACCUCAGACCCAGCCAACAGAGAUUGCUGAUUUCCUCCUGGAGCAAAGAUCCCCCACUGCUCAGCAUGGCUCAGACCAGCUCAUGCUUCAUCCUCCUCUCCUGCCUGACCUUCCUGUCUCUGAGCCAAGGCCAGGAGGUCCACACGGAGCUGCCCAAAGCCCGGAUCAGCUGCCCAGAAGGCACCAAUGCCUAUCGCUCCUACUGCUACUUCUUUAAUGAAGACCAUGAGACCUGGGUUGAUGCAGAGCUCUACUGCCAGAACAUGCAUUCGGGCAACCUGGUGUCUGUGCUCACCCAGGCCGAGGGCGCCUUCGUGGCCUCCCUGAUUAAGGAAAGCAGCACUGGUGACUGCAACGUCUGGACUGGCCUCCAUGAUCCCAAGAAGAACCGCCGUUGGCACUGGAGCAGCGGGUCCCUGGUUUCCUACAAGUCCUGGGACACUGGAUCCCCAAGUAGUGUCAGUCCUGGCUACUGUGCUAGCCUGACUUCAAGCUCAGGAUACAAGAAAUGGAAGGAUGAGAGUUGUGAGGCAAAAUUCUCCUUUGUCUGCAAGUUCAAAAACUAGAGGUCGCUGGAAAAUAAAUGUCUACAACUGGUCCUGCAAUUAUUAUGGAUUCAAAAAUCAAACUGGAUCAUCUUCAUCUCAAUCCGGACUCUCUCUUUUCUCCUGAAUUGCAUCACUGACCAUUAGUAUCUUAAUCACUCCAAUCUUUGGUGCCUUAAACAAAGCAAAUAAAAAUGUUUCCCAAUGUU